GAGCGGCCGGGGCGGCCCCGCCCCAGGGGCGGAGCGGGAAGCGCGCGUCGCCCCGCGGAGGUGCCCGGCAGCGGGAGGGCUGGGGGAGCGUGGGGUGCUCUCUCCGCGGCACGGAGCGCCAGCCCGGGCAGUCUCCGGUGCUGGCUCCUCGUGAAGCCCGGUACUCGGUGCGCGUCCGCCCGGCAGCGGCUCGGUCGGGCUCCCGCCUCUGCUGCGGUUGAGCCCCGCACCCUUCGCCGUGCCCCGCUGAGCUGGCGCCGCUCUCCCGGCAGGGGCCCCGGCGGCAGCGCCCGCCCGGCACCUCUUCAGCGACCCCGCUGAGGUGCAGGCCCUGCGCCGGAAUCUGCUCGCCUGGUACGACCGAUGCAAGCGGGACCUUCCCUGGAGGGCUCUGGCAGCGACGGAGCCGGACGCCGACAGACGGGGAUAUGCAGUGUGGGUGUCCGAGAUCAUGCUCCAGCAGACACAGGUGGCUACAGUGAUCGACUACUACACGCGCUGGAUGCAGAAGUGGCCGACUCUGCAGGCUCUGGCACAGGCAUCCCUGGAGGAGGUGAACCAGCUCUGGGCUGGCCUUGGCUACUACUCCAGAGGGAAGCGUCUGCAGGAAGGAGCAAGGAAGGUGGUGUCUGAGCUGGCUGGCCACAUGCCCAGGACGGCUGAGGCCCUGCAGAAGCUGCUGCCGGGCGUGGGCCGGUACACGGCGGGAGCCAUCGCGUCCAUCUCCUACGGGCAGGCUACAGGAGUUGUGGAUGGGAAUGUGACCCGGGUCCUGUGCCGCCUGCGGUGCGUCGGUGCCGACUCCAGCAGCCCGGCUGUCAUCGACCGGCUCUGGGACAUGGCCAAUGUCCUGGUGGACAGGAGUCGCCCAGGGGAUUUUAACCAAGCCUUGAUGGAGCUGGGAGCAACUGUGUGUGUGCCCAAAUCCCCACUGUGCGGGGAGUGCCCGGUGAAGCAGCACUGCCAAGCAUGGCGCAGAGUGGAGAAGGAGCUGGCCUUCGCCUCUCAGAAGCUGCUUGGAAAAGCCCCCCCAGUGCCUGAUGUUGAGGACUGUGGUGUUGGGGACUGUCCCCUGUGCCCCCCAGCCACGGAGCCGUGGGACAGCAGCCUGGGGGUGACCAACUUUCCCCGGAAAGCAGCGAAGAAGCCGCCGCGGGCGAUGCGGACGGCCACGUGUGUGCUGGAGCGGAGGGGCUGCCACGGGGCCCCAGAAUACCUCAUUGUGCAGAGACCCAGCUCGGGUCUCCUGGCUGGACUCUGGGAGUUCCCAAGUCUCCCACUGGCUCAAGAUCUGCAGGAGGAAAAGGAGAGGGAGGAGCUGGCUGAUCACCUCCAGGCCUGGAUAGGGCGGCCUGUGGCAGCAGCAGGCCUGCAGUUUAUUGGAGAGGUCAUCCACGUCUUCUCCCACAUCCACCAGACAUAUGUGGUCUACUCCCUGCACCUAGAUGGGGAUGUGACCCUGGACCCUGCCUUGUCCCCGUCCCGCUGGGUGACAGAGGAUGAGUUCCAUACCUCGGCUGUGUCCACAGCCAUGAAGAAGGUGCUGAAAGCUCACGAGAAGCAGCGCAGGAAGGAGAGCAGCCCUGUCAAGGGCUCCAAGCGGAAGCGGGGGGCAAAGGCACAGGGAGCAGGCAGCCCCUGCCCUGGGACACAGCUCUCCAUCCACGCCUUUCUCCGGGCCCCGACGGGCCCAUGAGGCACUGACCUUUAGCCUGUG